CAGCGGGCUCUGCAGGUGAAGAAGCGCAGGCGGGUCCGGGGCCCCGGGACCAGGCCAGAGGCGGCGGCGGCGGCGGCGACGACGGCGGUGGAGGCCGGGCGGGGGGAGGCGAAGCGCCUCCGCAGCAGCUCCGCCGUGCCCGGGCAAGGGAAUUUUAAAAGAAGAUGGAUCGUCCUGCCGGAAGGAGUUUUAUGCAAGUGUUAUGUGAAAAGUACAGUCCUGAAAACUUUCCUUACCGCCGUGGUCCCGGGAUGGGAGUCCAUGUCCCAGCCACACCUCAGGGCUCACCUAUGAAAGAUCGCCUCAACCUCCCAAGUGUACUGGUGUUGAACAGCUGUGGAAUAACCUGUGCCGGAGACGAGACAGAAAUCGCUGCCUUCUGUGCUCAUGUGUCAGAGCUAGAUCUCUCUGACAACAAACUGGAAGACUGGCAGGAGGUCAGUAAAAUUGUGUCAAAUGUUCCCCAGUUGGAGUUUCUAAACUUGAGUUCCAACCCUCUGAAUUUGUCGGUUUUAGAAAGAACAUGUGCUGGGUCCUUCUCUGGGGUUCGUAAACUUGUUCUCAACAACAGCAAAGCUUCUUGGGACACAGUCCACACGAUCCUGCAGGAGUUACCAGAUUUAGAGGAGCUCUUCCUGUGCCUUAACGACUAUGAAACAGUGUCUUGUCCUUCCAUUUGCUGUCAUUCUCUCAAGCUUCUCCAUAUAACGGACAACAACCUCCAAGACUGGACAGAGAUACGGAAGCUGGGAGCCAUGUUCCCGUCCCUGGACACCCUCGUUCUGGCCAACAACCAUGUGAGUGCUAUCGAGGAGCCUGAUGACUCACUGGCCAGGCUGUUCCCCAAUCUGCGCUCCAUCAGCCUCCACAAGUCAGGUCUGCAAUCCUGGGAAGACAUUGACAAACUAAAUUCAUUCCCCAAACUCGAAGAAGUGAGGUUGUUAGGAAUUCCACUUCUGCAGCCAUAUACCACCGAGGAGCGGAGAAAAUUGGUGAUCGCCAGGUUGCCAUCUGUGUCCAAACUCAACGGCAGUGUUGUUACCGAUGGAGAGAGGGAAGAUUCUGAGAGAUUUUUCAUCCGAUACUAUGUGGAUGUGCCACAGGAAGAUGUGCCCUUCAGGUAUCACGAACUGAUCACAAAAUAUGGGAAGUUGGAGCCCUUGGCAGAAGUGGACCUCAGACCCCAAAGCAGCGCCAAAGUCCAGGUCCACUUCAACGAUCAGGUGGAAGAAAUGAGCAUUCGUCUGGACCAAACAGUUGCAGAACUCAAGAAACAAUUAAAAACGCUGGUGCAGUUGCCCACAAGCAACAUGCUCCUCUACUACUUUGACCACGAGGCACCCUUUGGCCCCGAGGAAAUGAAGUACAGCUCCCGGGCACUGCAUUCCUUUGGCAUUCGGGAUGGGGAUAAGAUCUAUGUGGAGUCUAAAACAAAAUAACCUCUUCCCACCUCGCUGGACACACGCGGGGGAUAUGGAGGACUUCAUGCAGGGCGCCUGUUUCCAACGUGGUUUUUCUCUAGGAGAGGGAGAAGUUUGAUUUUGUCCUGCUUUUUUUUUUUUUAGGUUUAUGGUAGGGAGGGGCUGUUUGUAUUUUUUUCCUCCCUGAAAAUAGGGAAGGGGACUGUCUUGGGUCUUUUCUACCGCUGAUUUCUUCCACUGCGCCAGCAGAAUUGGCCUCAUGUCCAAUCCGUGACCUUCCCUCUUGGAGGAGGACUAGGAAAGUCCCCACUCCAUCUUGUUCCCUGGGGUCUGGCCUGUUGUCUAGGUUGGCACCUCCACAUCCUCCACACCAGGAAAGCAACGGGGCGCAGGUGAUCCCCUAGAGGUGUCCCAUUGCCCCCUCCCUUGAGAACCAGGGAGUCCUUCCAGGAGAGUUCACACCCCUCACCCUCCACCCUUCCUCCCUUUCUCUACCCUUCCCUCCUUCCUUUCCUGCUUUGGUUUCAUUUUUCUUCAGUGUGUCCACAUGUUCACCUCACAGUUAAACUCUCCAUAAUUUAACGUGAUAAAUAUAUUUUGUUUUCCUUUCUUUAUCCCUUCUCUCCCCAGAAGUAAUUUUUAGUGUUUUAAGCAUUUCCCCCCCACCGGAUUCUGAUCUCAGGUACUCAGUCAGAACCCAGACUCUGUCAGAGUUGUGAGGAACAAGAGUAGGGAGUAAAGCCUGGGUGAACUGGCUGUUGUUCUGGAAGCAGGCAGGGGCAGCCGGCCUGUGCACCGUUCAGCGACUCACUCAUUCCGCAGCCCUCGAACCAUGUAUCCACCACUACUUCCAUAAUAUGAGCGACGU